AUGUCUUCCAACAGGCCUUGUGGCACUUCUAAUCCUGGCCGAAGCCGUCGAAAUCCGUAUGCAUCUCUUAUUAGCCCAGAAACCUCCGAUGAAACAGAACCGUUGGUCAUUGUCAAAUCAGCCCGGUAUAGAACCGCGUCGCCGGAGUUGCGACGCUUGCCUCUGUUUCGAUCGUCGACCAGACAUGUUCCUCCCGUAUUUGGCAAAGAAAUUCAAGAGACGAUAUACAACGAGGUCCACAGUGUUCUCCGAGCUCGUAAGCUUAAAACUCCAGAUACUAUUGUCGACAUCCAGAUGCGUGAGCAGCCUGAUGAUCCCGAAACCGCACGACCAACAAUCCUGGUCAUCACGCCAUGGGUUUUUGGUAAAGAAGAGGAAUCUCUUCGAGUAGCAGCGGUUGAGUAUAUCACCAGGAUGUCUACAAGACUCAUUCGAGAGGCUGGUGAUAACGAAACUCAACUUCAUGUUGAGAUAAUCGCACCCGAGCUGAGCACCCGCAUCUACUUUGAUCCAGUGAGAAACGAGCCGCAACUCUUUCAGCAAUGGGAUAACCUUCGUUCCAUGGUGAACCGUCGCCUCAAUGCUCAUUUAUCGACACGCGGGCGAAUGACUCUGAUCGCCCUACUCCGCUAUGGCCUCAAACCUUACUCAAACAAUCCCAUCACUAUCUACAUCUCAGUGAACUAUGAUUCGGAGGAAGAACACUGGCAGAGCGUCAUCGAUGAUAUCCAAAGCAACAUGGUUAAGUUUGGAUACCCGGAACUUCCUGUUCAUAUCGAGCACAACGUUGGAAUCCACGUCGCCGAUUUCGAGCUAUUGCCGCCGAAGGGUACCCGCAAGGCGAUCCAGGACAAGAUUUCAGCUGGCAACUUGCGAGUUGAUGGUGACUACAAAACAAAGAUCGACCUGGGUGACCCUAUCGGUGCUGCGCGAUACGUGAACAAGGGCAACGAUAAGGGCAACCCUCUUUUUGGCACUUUCGGGUGCUACAUCGAGAUCAAGAAGAAGGGCUCACCAGUCUGGGAGAAGUACGGACUUACCAACUAUCAUGUUGUUCGUCCUGCUUUCACUGGCUUCGAACUUGCAGUCAAUGAUAAGGGUGAUACAAAGAUUGCAAGUCCUGCGGCACGGUCUAAUCUACACCGAGUCGAUAAUGAUGGCUUUAAGCCUUCAUUCAUGAUUCCCUCAGCAUCUUUCGAAUGUCCACCGAGGAUCAAGCACAACUUCACCAUAUGGGCAAUCAACGAUGAGAUCUCUCAAGUAGAGAAGGACCAAGCUCAGACGUUAUCACAAGGAAACGCUCAGCAGCAGAAAGCAAUCAUCGAUGGAAUGGACGCUGAUAAGAAGGAUCUUGUUGAAGAGAAGGUAGCAAAGCUCGCCCACUUCGACAAGGGCUUACAUACUAUUGGCAAGCUUUAUGCAGCGUCAGGCUUUAAGGAAAGAACCAAUGAUCAAGGAAGGCUUGACUGGGCUCUUGUCAAUAUUAACAAAUCCCGUGUCGGCAGUAACCAGUUGCCCGGUAAAGAGACCUGGAAGAGAUGGGGUGUACAUGCACCUCGUCGUACCUACGAUCAACCUCUUGGGCAACAGACAAUGAGUAUCAGUUGCAAACCUCCAACAGACAUGCCACGCACCCUCCGCGGGUGGAAGCUGGGUGCAACAACAGGUGCUACUGCUGGAGAGUUCCAUGAGAUUAAAUUCCAAGUUGACCUCGCCGACGAUAGACAUUUGAGUGUUCAGACCUCAACUGAAAUUGCGUUCCAAUCUUGCAAUACCAGUAUUGGACCAUUCAGCUCUCGUGGUGAUUCUGGCUCCGUUGUAUACGACGAAAAUGGCGGUAUUGUUGGUCUCUUGUUUAGAGGACAAGUGCUCAAUACUGCAGAAAAGCCCUUGAUUUAUAUCACACCUAUCGAGCACGUUUUCAGCAGUAUCAAGGGAGCUCAUCGUGAGGACGAGAUUGAAGACAUUCGGGUAGCAGAGAUGACAUAA